AUGACAACAAACGGAGGAAUACAGACCCAGAUUCCAAAAUUACUAGGCCAGAAUUACUACCACUGGCAUAUUCAAAUGAAGGUUCUGUUAGAAUCACAAGAUCUUUGGAUUAUGGUGGAAGAAGGAUACAACGAUCUGCCUAAUAAUGCUUCAGAUAAUGAUCGAGAUGCACACAGAGAAAAAAUCAAGAAAGAUAAGAAAGCACUACACAUUAUUUUUCAAGCGGUCAAUGAAAGUGUAUUCGAAAGGAUAGCAAUAUGCAGAACUUCCAAAGAAGCGUGGGACGUGUUACAUAAAGCAUAUAGAGGAGAACGAAGAGUAAAAACGGUAAAACUCCAAACCCUAAGAUGUGAAUUCGAUGCACUUAGAAUGAAAGAAAACGAGACAGUAGAGGAUUAUAUGAAUAGAAUAACUGCCAUAGUGAAUCAGUUACGUUUAAAUGAAGAAAAUAUUACUGAACAACGUGUUGUUGAAAAAAUUCUUCGAAGUCUUACUAGGAAAUAUGAAUCCGUAGUGGUGGCAAUAGAAGAAUCAAAGGAUUUAACAACAGUUUCUACAGAAGAACUUUUAGGCAUCCUUCAAUCACACGAGUUAAGGAUGAAACAAUAUGAUGAAUCUCCAAUAGAACAGGCAUUCCAAAUUCAGAGUCAUACCAGCGAUCGAACACGACAAAACAGAUCUGAUGUUGGAAAUAGAGGGAGAGGUAGAGGAAAAGGAAAGUUCAAUGCAUUCAUACGGUGUUACAACUGUCAGAAAAUAGGACACACGGCCAGAUUCUGUCAACAAAGAGAUACAAUAAACCAAAGUGAGAAUGCAUUAUUACACGAGGAAGAUCAUGAAGAAAAGAGUGAUGAAGCGACAAUGUUUAUGAUAUUCAAUAUGGAGGAAAUAACCAAAGACGAUUGCUGGUACUUAGAUAGUGGAUGUAGCAAUCAUAUGACAGGAAAUAAGAGGUUAUUUAUUACACUAGAUGAGACUGAAAGGAGGGAAGUACGAACCGGAGACGACAAGAAAUUAGAGGUCUUAGGAUGUGGUGAUGUCUCAAUCAAAGUUAAAGGAUUAAACAAGAAAGUCCCAAAUGUAUUCUACGUACAAGGAUUAAAACACAAUUUAUUAAGUGUGGGACAGUUAGUACAAAAAGGAUAUGAAGUAAAAUUCGCUGAUCAAGAAUGCACCAUCAAAGAUCCAACAGGUUCAAGCAUCAGUUCAGUUAGGAUGACUGGUUCCGCUAAAUCUAAAUCAGGACUUGAUACCAAGGGUCUGUAA